AUGUCCCAGAGCCAGGAACCGUCGCCGUUGCCUUCCAAUGUCCCAACGAUCCUGAUCACCGGCGCCUUCUCCGGUCUCGGCCGCGCCUUCUUCGAGCACUUCGCCACAGGAUCACGCAACGGGAAGCCCCAAACCAGCCACGUCCACGGGCCCCGAUCCGUCUACGUACAGGCGGACAUCACCUCGCCCCGCCCCGAGCUCGAGGCCCUCUUGCGCAAGUGGAUAGGCGAGGAGUCCCCGCUGCCCCUCGUCGUCCACAGCGCCGGCGUGCGCGGCCUGGUCCCCGGCGUGGAGCUCCGCAAGUCGGACGACGUCGCGGCGGCCGAGACGCUGGACGUCAUGGACGCGGCGACGAUGAUGGGCACGUUCGAGGUCAACGUCGUGGGCACCUUCAACGUCCUCACCGCCGUGCUGCCGCGCCUGCGGCUGGCUGCGGCGCGGGGGCUCAGGCCCAGGGUGGCGGUCAUGGCGACGCGCAACGGGAGCAUCGCUGCCAACGACAAGGGGGGUGCUUAUGCGUACCGCGCGAGCAAGGCGGCUCUGAAUGCCGUGGUGAAGAGCAUGAGUAUUGAUGUUCCAGAGGUAUGCUUCGGGCUCCUUCAUCCUGGAAGGGUUGAGACGGGUUUGGUCGGCGUUAAGGAGGACGGUGCGAUAACUUGUGAGGAGAGCUUGGAGACCAUGUUGCCGGUGCUGGACCGGUUGGGAGGAGGUCACUUGGCCAGUGGCUGCUUCGUGGAUCGCUUUGGCGUCACAAUCCCAUGGUAG